CAUGACGAGGAAGACGAAGUCAAUAAAGACGACCAUGAGCAUAUUGCGCUGAUAAACAGCUGGCGGGCAAAAAGAUCUGACAGGUCUAUUCUCGGACCGAUCGACGCCUCGUUCGACGAAAAGUCAAAAGGGAGUUUAGGAAUUUUGCUGAGACAUGUCGACGGCUGGUAUGUCUCAGCUAUUGGAAAAGACUCUGAAUCAUUCAAGAAGUCUUACUAGCCUCAGACCGUGCCAUCCGACUCGGAUCCAAAACUGUGUCUUGGGAAAACUUCGAAACGCUAACAGGGUUUUUGCUUGCUCCUCGCCGACGUUUACUGAUUCCCUCGUCAUUCGGCUCCUUCGAACUUCUAAACUUUUCAGCAUGGCGCACGAGGACUUCGAAUUGUUCGAUUUUUGGGGCGAGCGCAAUUGGUACUCCUUGUCGCCUUCCAGUGCAACAUCUCAAUGUACCGACAUCAGGGAUAAAGUGUAUGGGAUACAAGGUCUUCUUCCAGAGCGGCUCCGUUUUUACCCAAAUUACGAAGUAGAAUGUCAUGAAGUUGUUUUUGAAUUGGUCCGAAAGCAGGUCGCAGACAGACUUGCGAUUCUAGACCGCCAAUGUUCGGAAGACGGCUACACACAGAAGGUUGCUGAGAACUGGAGGCUGUAAGGAAGUCACGAUGGAGAACAUAGGAGAAGUGAUUAUGGCAGGUUUUUUCACCUUUGGAUUAUAUUGGGCAAUGCAUCAAGGGACUAAUAAGA